AUGGUCAUGGAUUGCUACUCCCGGUACCCAGAGGUAUUGACACUGAGAAGCACCACAGCGCAAGUUGUAACUGAGGUACUUAAAGGCCUUUUCGAACAGCAUUGGAUCCCCCAGCAAGUACGUUCGGAUAACGGACCCCCAUUUUCGUCGCGGGACUUUGCAGCGUUCGCCCUCUCGUAUGGCUUCGACCGUGUUACAAGUAGUCCUCACUACGCUCAGUCUAACGGAGAAGUAGAUAGGAUGAUUCGCACAGUAAAGGACCUACUACGUAAAACAAAGGACCCGCAUCUAGCCCUCCUGAACUACAGAGACACACCGGGAGUGGCCGGUUUUAGUCCAGCGCAGUCACUCAUGGGGAGGAGACUCCGAACCCGAUUCCCGAAAGCUGAAAAUCAACUUCGCCCACAGUGGCCGAAAAGGGAAGCGGUGGCAAGCAGGGAUGAACCCUACAAAAGGAAGAAGGCCCAGGACUUCAACAGGCAUCAUCAGGCUAGAGAGCUGCCGUCACUUCGGACUGGACAGCAGGUCUGGGUUCGGCCAGAGCAGGUACUCGCCACCGUGCUGAGCCCCGCUCAGCGUCCAAGAUCUUUUGUGGUCGAGACAGAGCGUGGUGCAAUCUUACAGCGCAACCGGAGGCACUUGGUGCCUUUCCUACGAAAGCUUCCUGCUCUUCCGGUACUACAGCUUCCCGUACCAACGGACUUUACACCUGGGACCGGUACCCCUGUUCUGCAACACGGUGAGCGCGACUGUGCCGUGUACACCCGUAGUGGCCGGCGUGUGAUCCCACCGUACCGUCUAAACUUGUGA